AUGGCACUGGAGUGCAGAAAGUUCGAGAUAACCAUCAUAUCAGCAGAAAACCUAGAAGACGUACGUCUAAUCGGCAAGAUGGAAGUACACGCCAGGGUUUCGAUCGGCGGCUCGCCGGAGAGGGAGAAAAGAACUCCGACGGACACACACGGGAAGAGAAACCCGGCCUGGAAUUACACGAUGGAGUACACCAUAAUGGCAUCGGUGUUGGAUAACUAUAACUCCAUGCUGGUCGUGAAACUCUACUGUUCCAGGAACCUGGGUGACAGAUACGUCGGAGAAGUCCACGUGUCCAUGAAAAGGCUUUUCGAUGACGUGGCAGGUGGCGGCCGGAGUGGCCGGGAGGUGACUAUUCCGGUGACGAGGGGCAGUGUUCGGUCUCAGGGGGCUUUGACAUUUUCUUACAGCUUUGGAUAG